UAUUUCAUCGAGAGCUCCGUGACAACAACUACAAAACACAGAGGAACUUGCAAAAUGUUUUUGGUACUACUCCUACAGCAACUGUUCUAGAGAUCUAAAUGUAAAAUUUGAUGAGAUUGUUUAUGAUUUGAUUUGUCUAUCAUCUCGUUGGACAAUUAUUUCAAGAUUAGGUCGUAAGGGUCGUAUGAUUGUCACCGUCCAACAUGCUAAUGAUAUUGGUAUAACAUUAUUUUUAUGCAAUAGCAUAUUUUUAUCUGUACGAUAUUUUAACAUACAAAAUUAUUUCGAAAACUGUAUUCUACCGUCACAGAAUGGUUGACAACAAUCAUACCACAAAAUAUCCUAUGAAUUUGAUAUGGCUUCCUAUACGAUUUCACAACCCUAGUUUCAGGCUUUUAUGGCUUCCUCUACUUCUGCUUAUUUAAAUUCCUGCCACUAUUCUUCAAGGACCAGGAUACCGUACCGGACCGGCCGGUCGAACCGGAAAAACCGGAAACCGGAGGUAAACCGGCACAAUAGAGCUUUGUACCCUUCAAUAACCUGCCGGGCGGUAUUUGCGGUUGGACCGCAAUGGGCCGAAAUUUCGGCCGGUUCAAAAAAACCCAGCGGUCCCUUCAUUUUACACAAACGGCGCCGUUUUAAUGAAAAAAAAAAACGGAAGGCAAGGGAAGCAGAGACGCAAAAACCAUACCUUCCUUUGGCUGGCCCUGCUAACGCCCUCUCUGCCUCUCGUCUCCCUCUCCCAGCAGCGCCGCUCUGCCUCUAGUCUCCCCGCGCCGCGCCGCUCUGCCUCCCCAGCAACCGGCGAUCAACACCACCGGCGACCGCGUCCUCCCCAGCAACCAAACACCAUCGGCAACUCGUCCUCCCCAGCAAUCGAAGGCAUCGUCGUUCACAGCCGCGCCGCGCCGGAGGAGAAACCGAGAAAGAGGAGCUUCGUUGGUCGUUCACAGCCGCGCCGCGCCGGAGGAGAAAGAGGAGCUUCGUUGGUCGUUCACUGGCUGGUUUCUUCCUCCUUCCGUCUCCCGCGGCUCCAAAUCCCUAGUGGCGGUGGUGGUGUAGCUGUACCAGCUUCGUUGUCUCCGCCGUCGACGUCGUGCCAAGGGAAGAGAUAAGGAUUUCCUACCCUGCGUUCUUGUGCCGCCAGUGGGACAACCCUGUCAGCGGGAUCACCAUCGCCUUAAGGUGGAGUUUACUUCUGCUCUUCCCCCUUUCCUUUUCCUCUCAUGCACCAUACUAAAAUCGCUUCAAUUGCUGGGUAUUCGUUGGGAAGAUUUUCAGAAUUCGAAUUCCCUUCUCCUUGGUGGUAGUUUGAUUGCCUUGUCCAUUUCCUUGCUCUGAUUCCAUGUUCUGUUGUGAUGUUUGUUUCCAGUAUUCAUGAUUUACUGGCUCAAUAGAUUAGUUGAUCUUAAAUCGCGGAGUCUUGGUUGCAAUUGGGUGCCUUAUAGCAUAAAUUGGUGUUUUAAUCAUGUUCCGUAGUUGAGCUUUCAUGUAAGAGUUGAACUUCCAUAUGAGGAUCUCCUUCACCAUCUUGGCUAGAAUUAUUUGAUAAUGAAUGCCCAAAACCAAU